GCUUUGGACACCCUGGCCAUUUUAGUUCGCCAUUCACUCUUGGGCACUUCAUCGCUCCAUUCCCGUCUAUUUUGUCACUGCAGUGUUCUCCUUGGGCAAUGGAUAUGGACCCUGAUGAUGUUUUCAGAGACGACGAAGAUGACCCAGACAGUGGGUUUUUUCAGGAAAAAGAGUCAAUCAAAGAGCACGUGGUUUACCUGGUCGAUGCUUCGCCUAAAAUGUUCAACACCACCUGUUCGGCGGAAGACCAAAAGGAUGAAACUCAUUUCCACAUGGCAGUGAGCUGCAUCUCACAGUCAUUAAAGGCUCAGAUCAUUAACAGAUCGUAUGAUGAAGUUGCUAUAUGCUUUUUUAACACAAGAGAGAAGAAAAAUUUGCAAGACUUGAAUGGUGUUUUUGUGUUUAAUGUCACUGAAAGAGAGUUUCUAGACAGGCCAACAGCAAGGCUGAUAAAAGAAUUUGAUAGCAUAGAUGAAUCGUUCUUAAAAGAUAUUGGAAGCCAAUAUGGGAUUGAUUCUGGGAAUCGAGAAAAUUCUCUAUACAAUGCUCUCUGGGUGGCACAAGCACUUCUUCGGAAAGGGUCAGCAAAGACAGUUGAUAAACGGAUACUUCUGUUCACAAAUGAAGAUGAUCCUUUUGGAACCAUCAAAGGGGCUAUAAGACACGAUAUGACAAGAACCACACUGCAGAGAGCUAAAGAUGCACGAGAUCUUGGUAUCUCUAUUGAACUCCUUCCCUUGAGUUGCCCUGAUCAAGAGUUCAACGUAUCUCAAUUCUAUGCAGAUUUGAUUGGGCUAGAAGGAGAUGAUCUCGACAAGUUUAUGCCAUCUGUAGCAAACCAAUUGGAGGAUAUGAAGGAUCAACUAAGAAAGCGCAUGUUUAAGAAGCGCAUUGUCAAAAGGAUUAAAUUUACAGUUGUUAAUGGGUUAUCAAUUGAAGUGAAUUCAUAUGCUUUAAUUCGUCCCACUGUGCCAGGAAAAAUUACAUGGCUUGAUUCUGUCACCAAUCGUCCUUUAAAGACUGAAAGAUCUUUCAUUUGUGCUGAUACUGGUUCAUUGCUGGAGGGACCUACUAAAAGAUUUCUUCCUUAUAAAAACAAGAAUAUAAUAAUCUCGAUGGAGGAGCUAUCUGAGAUUAAAAGUAUUUCUCCUGGACAUCUACAGCUUCUAGGGUUCAAGCCCCUAACUUGCUUGAGAGAUUAUUACAACUUGAAGCCAUCGACUUUUCUUUACCCAAGUGACGAGGAUAUGGUUGGGAGCAUGCGCGUCUUCAUUGCUCUUCAUAACUCCAUGAUACGGCUCAAGCGUUUUGCGAUUGCAUUCUAUGGAAGUUCUUCUCGACCUCAACUGGUUGCUCUUAUUGCACAGGAUGAGGUUAUUCGAUCAGGUGGUCAGAUUGAGCCGCCAGGAAUGCACAUGAUAUAUCUUCCAUAUUCGGAUGACAUCAGGCAUGUGGAAGAGCAUUUUUCAGAUAAGCAUAUGGGAGUGCCUAAAGCAACUGAUGAUCAAAUUGAAAAGGCUGCCGCUUUAAUUAAGCGUGUUGACUUGAAAGAUUUUUCUGUAUGCCAACUUUCUAACCCUGCCUUGCAGAGACACUAUACGGUGUUGCAGGCCUUGGCUCUGGAAGAGGAUGAGAUCCCAGAAGUCAAAGAUGAGACAGUACCUGAUGAGGAAGGCAUGACUAGACCUGGAGUGUUGAGAGCAAUAGAAGAAUUCAAGACCUCUGUUUAUGGAGAGAAUUAUGACGAGGAAAGUGAACGUGGCACUGGAAAGCCAACAGAAGCCGCCAAAAAACGAAAAGCAAUUGCUGACCAUGCAACACAAGAGUGUGGGAACUAUAACUGGGGGGAGCUUGCUGAUACUGGAAAGUUGAAGGAUUUGACAGUCGUGGAGUUAAAGUACUAUCUCACAGCUCAUAAUCUUCCGGUUUCCGGGAAGAAGGAAGCACUAAUUAGCAGGAUAUUAACACACCUGGGAAAGUGAUCGCUGAGGGCUAAAAUGCUCAUGAAAGAUUUUGCAUCAGAAUGCCGGGGUACUUCUGGCAGUAAGAGCCGCUGGAGUUGGCCUCGAGUUUUUGAACAUUACAUUUUAGUGAUUGGUGAUCAACAUGACAGUACAAUGGCCAGUGGGAAGAGGGGCUUAAUAUGUGAUGUACGUAGAUAUUUGAAUCACUCACUAUUUUGCAGAGUCGUUACUUUUGACUUUUUCCAACUUGUUCUAUGCAAAAAUGGCGGAUGGCAAAAGGUAGGGAAUGAUAUGCUGGGCAAUGUGUAAUUAGUAAUUAGUAAUUAGUAAAUUAUUAAAAUUGUCUGUAUUUUGAAACUAUAUUGUUGAACAAUUAUCAGUGUUUAAUGCAUUUGAGAGAGAAAUUCUGAAUCA